AGACUAUUCUUGUUCUUAAAGUCAGUCAGACUAUAUAUUUUCCACACGUUGUCUCGUUCUAAACCUCAUUUUUAAUUUGAAAUUGGUAUAAAUACACACAGACAUACAUAGAACUAUUUUUAACUACAACUACAACACAAAGAUGAAGAGAAAUUUGUGGUUGAUUGCUUUGUUUUUGGCUCUCUCUUUGAUGAUUUCAUCUUUUGCAGCUUCAAGUUGGCCAUACCAAAACCGUAAACUUUUGAGAAUAGAAGCGCGGCCUAGUAAGUCAAGACCCGCGCCGCAGUGUUGUUAGCAAGGCGAAGGCUACAGAGAAAGAUGGACCCAUUUUUAAAAUUAUUUUAUUUUAUAGUUACAAAAAGAAAAAACACGGAAUCAACAAAAUAAAAUAUGUAUUUAAUAGAUUCUUUCAUAAAUGAGCUACAAAUAAUAGUUCUGAAGUUGUAGAAUUUUACGUUGUACUGAAAAUAAAAGCCCAUUGUAACAUUGUUUCAGACAUUGCAGUAAGUAAUUUCUGACGGUAACUCACUAACUCACUUUAUUACUUGAUAAAAGAGAAAACGCUAUCGUGUCUAUACGCAUUUGGAUGUUCACGCUCCACACUAAACUCAUGAUAUAUACUAUGUAUAUAAGUAUAUGAGAUAUAAUGUUUUGUCAAAUAUUUGAAAUUAAACUGUGAAAGAACGUGAAAACUCCAUUUAUUUAUAUUAUCUUUUAAUAACUCUUGCGUGAACAAUCAAACUCUCAUUCCCUACCUACAGAAGGAAAAUUCAUGUGAAAGGUAAUUCUUGUUAUAAUACAAUAGUACAAAUUUGUAAUUUGUAUACAUCCAAAAAUAAAUUCUACUAGGUAUGAUGUUGAUCGAUCGAUAAAUAUGUUUUUUAUAGUAUUAAACAUGACACCCUGUCUCUAAUUUGACCUCAUUAAACUAAACAAUCAAUCUCAAGCAACUUCAUCGAUAAAACAAAGUCAAAAAACUUAUUAAAUCUUCUUAUUUAACUAAUGUUAUUUCUUAGAAGCAUCAUUUGUUGUAAAUGUGUUUUUCUCUUCACAACUCCACCGCAUCAAAUUUUUCUCUUUAUAUGACCACCCAUUUUAAGUGUUUGCAAAGUCCUAAAACCAAUUAUCAGCAAAAAAAGAUGAACUGGAAGUUGGUUUUGCUAUUUGGUUGGAUUCUCCUCUCGUCUAUUGCAUCAAACCCAACUUUGGCUAAAGUAACAUAUCCACCUCGCACGACAAG